AUGGACCCUGAGCCUAUGGAGGUCGAGCCCGACCUGGAGCUCGAGGAGUCACACCAGGGGGCAGUCCUUAUGGCGCCGGAGGUUGAGCAUGAGCUGACUGAAGAGUUUGAAGACCCUGAAGGAGAGUACGAGGAACCUAAAGAAGAGUUUGAAGAGGAGCCUGAAGAAGAAGAACCCGAAGAAGAACCGUCGAUUGAGGUCCCAUCAGAGUCGGGAUCCGAGGAUAACCCAAUUGAGAUUGAGGCUGACUCCGAGUCAGUUGAUGAAUGGAUGGAUCCGGGGGAGCCUGACACCGAUUCUAGGGGGACUGACCUCGAGUGGACACCUUCUACGUCUCGUAGGGGUUAG